AUGGCAUACAGUUCCUCCAGUGACGGGCUGAACACCCGCGAUCUAGAGCAGAAUGACGGCCACAACUUUCUCAUGAACCACUCAGUCCAGAAUUUCUCCUGGAAUGAUCUCACUGUCACGGUUAAGGACCGGCGGACGAAACGGCCUCGGAACCUGAUUGAGAACAUCAAUGGGAGCGUGCAGCAAGGAGAAUUAGUUGCGCUUAUGGGUCCCUCGGGCUGCGGCAAGACCACACUUCUCAAUGUCCUCGCACGCCGCGCUGCCUCGUCUGGCGCUAAGUCUUCGGGCCACUGCUAUAUCAACGGCGGCGAGAUUGAUAAUGCGACUUUCGGACGCGUUACAUCCUAUGUUGAGCAGGAGGAUGCGCUUAUUGGAUCGUUAACGGUGCAGGAGACGUUGAAGUUUGCGGCUGAUCUAUCGCUACCAGGGUUUGUGAGGAAGUCGGAGCGGGUUGCACGAAUCAAGACGCUUCUCGAGGCUUUCGGAAUUCAGAAUCAGGCAUCUACACUAGUUGGGACUCCAAUUAGGAAGGGCAUCAGCGGUGGGCAGAAGAGGCGGGUUAGCGUCGCCAGUCAGCUUAUUACUUGUCCGAAGAUUCUGUUUCUCGAUGAGCCCACCAGCGGGCUAGAUUCAACUGCAAGCUAUGAGGUCAUCUCGUACGUCAGGAAAUUGGCUAGGGCUAAUAAGCUCAUUAUUAUAGUGAGUAUCCACCAACCGUCUUCUGCGACAUUCCAACUGUUCGAUAAGUUAUUGCUUCUUUCCGACGGCAAAACCUGCUAUUAUGGCCCUGUCAAGGACGUCCCGCCGUAUUUCGGUGGCAUCGGAUAUCCCGUCCCUCCUCAGACCAACCCUGCAGAGUUCAUCCUUGAUAUUGUCAGUUCUGACUUUGCGAGUGAUAAGCCUUCGAUGCGGGAUGAUGUGACGAAGAUUCAGACUGCAUGGGCACAGUCUCCGCAGAGUAGUGGACUAGUUCACCAAAGCGGGGAGCUCGCUGAAAAGAACAGCAGGAAGAUUACAGCGGAUGAGACCAGUCACCCGGGUUUGCUUAGUUUAACGCUUUCUCUCCUUUAUCGCUCGUUGAUCAAAAGCUAUCGCGAUGUUGUAGCCUACGGCAUCCGUAUAGUCAUGUAUAUGGGUCUGGCAAUUAUGAUGGGCACUGUUUGGUUACGUUUAAAGACGGAACAGGACUAUAUCCAGCCAUUUAUAAAUGCGAUUUUCUUCGGAUCAGCAUUCAUGAGCUUCAUGGCCGUCGCCUACGUCCCGGCAUUUCUUGAGGACCGCGCAACAUUCACAAAAGAACGAGCGAACGGACUAUACGGCGCGCUCCCAUUCAUAAUCUCAAACUUCAUUAUCGGCUUGCCAUUUCUCUUCCUAAUAUCCAUCCUCUUCUCUAUCGUCUCCUACUGGCUAUCCAACUUCCGCCCCAGCGCCUCCGCCUUCUUCACCUGGGUCAUGUGGCUCUUCCUCGACCUAGUCGCCGCCGAAUCCCUCGUCGUCUUCGUCACAUCCAUCUUCCCCAAUUUCGUCAUCGCACUCGCUCUCGUCGCAUUUGCAAACGGCCUCUGGAUGAGUGUCGGUGGGUUUCUCGUCUCGCCUACAAUCCUGAACCCAUUCUGGAAAUAUGUCUUUCAUUAUAUUGAUUACCAGGCGUACGUCUUCCAAGGAAUGAUGGUCAACGAAUUCGCCUCCCGAAGCUACUCCUGCGGUGCUGACUGUAAGUGCAUGUACGCGGCUGAUCCUGCCAACCCCUGUCAGAUCCGCGGAACGGCUGUCCUUGAGAAGUACGGGUACGCGACGGGCCGGACUGGCAAGUGGGUUGGCAUCCUCGUUGGGAUUAUUGCGGUCUAUCGCCUCUUCGGGUUUGUUGUGCUGUUUUUGAGAAAGAGGUAG